UAAGCACUGAUUUGAUAUUGUCAGUAGUAAGUACCAAGUAUAGAAAUAUUUUCGGACUUGUACUUUUUUUCGUGCAGGAGGGGGAGAGGGGAAAUAAAGACGGGAAAAUGAGAAAAAAUUGACACCCGGGGAAUUGCCAAUAACUUGCCGUUAUGGGGCCCGUACUUAGUAGCUCUAAAUCCCAUACCGUACGGUAUCGCACCGUACGAUGUAAAACUACGAGUACGUACUCGUACGAGGGCAUUAUUUCGGAUCGGAAUUUAUAUCUCAAAACAAUCUGAAUUGCUUACAAACACACGAUUUUAUAGUUACGACGUGCUAAGCACUACAGAGGACACAAGCAGGUAUGAUGCAUUUAUCAUUGGCAGCGGUUACACUGACCUUCGUCUAUAGUGCUUUAUUUGGAAAUUUCUGCCAGGCCUUUGUCAUCGACACUAGAGCGAGCUGCCAAACGCAACGAGUCCGCAACUAUGGGUCCGCUUCCUCUUCGACGACGAGGCAUGUCAUUCCUCCCGAAAUAAUGGAAGAAGUCGGAACAGCUCGAGGCCAAUUUUUUCUUUGGUUUUUUGGGUCAUCAGGUGGCGGAGGCAUCGCCUUGUCCUCUUUUCCGAGGAUGUACGAACAAGUGGCCUACAUUCAAUCCCUCAAGGGGGUAGGUCCAUCCUUGGGGGGCGACACUUUAGGAAUUAGUCCACUCUGUGGAUAUCCUCAAGAUAUUGCUGUCAAAGAUGUAGAAAAGGUGGCAAACAGCAAACUUACGAUAGACCAAAUGGUGGAGAAAUUUCCACAGGAAGGCAAUUACCUUGCUUCCAAAGGUUACAUAACGUUUAGUGCCUUCGAGCAAGCCAACGAAGGUUGUAAUCCAUUGGCGAUUCGUGCCGUCUUCGACACCUUUUCCCAGUCCACCAAUAUAUCCGAUCCACGGGUUGCACAAGAGAAGCUUAAUUUGUACAAGCAAGAUCCUUUCGCAAUAAAUGGUGCCCUUUUCAAAGCCAAGGUGACGGGAUUUUCUGCCGUCUUUACGUUGUUGGUACUUUUGGGGUUGGCAGAAUCCAUUGCAUUUGGACAUGCUAAAGAUGGAUGGUUUCAUGACUGGACAUGGUCCGAUGGAAUUCUGAAUAUUCCUGAUUUUUGGAUUUGAAGGGGAUUGUCGAGCGAACCAAGUACUGAUAAUAAUAUAGUACUAGCUUG